AUGUUUCACUCCUCACGUAGUCCGGGCCACCAAGAUUGCAGACAGCACCCCGAAGGUGUUCAAGCUUGGCUGGUGGGUGCAGAUAUUGGAUGCCUGGCUGCUGCUGUCCAUUUAAUCCAAGAUGCGAAAGUGCCGGGGCCUCAGAUCCACGUCUUGAGGAAUUCAGGAUCACAGUCUCACAUCCUGGAGGGGUUUCCGGUUAAGGAAGCAUUUGGAUUGGACACAGAAUCUAAUCCUGGAGUUGAGCGUUCCUCUCCAAUGCGUGUACUCAAUCGGAACUUCGUUUGUACCAACGAUCUCCUGUCCCGUAUCCCGUCACUAAACGAUUCCAUGAGGUCUAUCCAGGAGGAACUAAUCGAGCUGGAUAACGAUAAGAACCUUUUUGAGGGUUUUCAAACCAAAGUGGUGGUCAAGGAAGGCCAUACUAUGCAAGUUCUGGAUGCCAAGGGACUAGACCUUCACCUGGGUGACCGCGCUCGAAUCAAGAAGAUGAUGCUUACGAGUAAGAAGAGUCUUAUGAAGAUGAGAAUCAUGGACAUUUUCAAUGAAGAAUUCUUCCACGGUAAAUUCUGGAGCAUGUGGGCAACCAAGUUUGCAUUCCAACCAUGGCAUAAUGCCGCAGAAUUCCGGCGCCAUCUUCGAUAUAUCCACGAUUUCGCCAACCUCCACACAUUGAGUCCGAUAGACUCCACCCCAUACGAGAUAUUCAACACCAUAAUCAUUCCGAUCACCUCCUACCUGCAAGCUCAGGGUGUAGAAUUCGAACACAAUGUUAAGGUCUUGGAUUUGAUGAUGAAUUCUGAGAGUGACCCGACGCUAGUUUCCGGCCUUAAGAUCGUGCAGAGUGGCACGGAAGCUGUCAUCAAUAUCCACCCUCACGAUAUCCUUAUCGUCACACUCGGAUCUAUCUUCGCGGGCUCGACCUCGGGCGCGAAUCACUCUCCUCCUGCGCCGGUUCCCGAUAUUGAGGAGUUGAAGCUCGACGACUCGUGGGACCUAUGGUUUAAGCUCUCGCAGAAACACCCGGAAUUCGGAGACCCGUCGCCCUUCUGCACGCGCAUCGCUGAGUCGACUAUUGAGUGCUUCCUUGUGAUGCUGAGUGAUUGGGAAUUCUUUGAGCACUUUGCGAGCCUGGUGCACACUUCACCUAACAUGCGCACGCUAGUGAGUUUCAAAGACAGCAACUGGCAUUUGAGCCUGAAUGUGCCACGGCAGCGGCAUGUCGUCCGCCAACCGGAAAAUGCCCCGUGGAUAUGGGGCUAUGCGCUGUCCCCAUCACGAGAGGGAAACUUCAUCCGCAAACCAAUGAGUGAAUGUACCGGAGAAGAGGUCCUGAUGGAAGUGCUUCAACAGAUGCAGUUCCCUCUAGACCGGAUACUUGAGCACUCCGUCACAUUGACUAGUUUGAUGCCAUUCGCAACGGCGCAGUACCUAACGCGAGACGACGGUGAUCGCCCAAACACGGUUCCUGGCAACGUGCAAAAUAUGGCCCUCAUCGGCCAAUUUGUGGAGCUCCCUGAUGAUACCGUGUUUUCUAUGGAGUACAGCGUCCGCAGCGCACAAACGGCUGUAUAUCACUUGAUGGGCUUGGACAAGAAACCUAAAGCGCAUAAAAGCUCCUGGGAUGGCUUUUGGACGAUUUUAUUAUAA